AUGUGCUCCCCACAGGCUCCCCUGGCCACGCUGCGAGGCAGGAUGCUGCUCUCCUUCCUGCUGCUCCUGGGGACACCAGCAAGGGUCUGGAAGGGACAGAGCCAUGAGUGGCUCCCGCCACCCCCCCAGGCUGUGGAUGGAGGGAAGCUGAUGAGGCAGGACAGCACCAGCCCUAGCAAGAUGCUGCCAGAUCCCUCCAAAGUGAGGAGCAGUGACGAUGGCUCGGGGGCAGGGUCUCAUCCAGAUGAAGCCAGCCUGUCACUGCUAGAGGGACCAGAAAGACAAGCACUGCCCUGGCUGAUGAGCCCAGCCACCAAGAGAGCGGCUCCCAGGAAAAAGGGGAGGAAGGUGUCCCUGUCAUUCGAUGUCCACACUCACUUACUGAAAAUCCUGCUCGACCUGGCCAGAGAGAAGGAACUGCAGGCCAAGGCAGCUGCCAAUGCCGAGCUGAUGGCCCGCCUGGGGCGCAGGAGAUAA